AUGUUCCGUGUACUUGCGGUCCUGUCGAUGCUCAGCGUUGGCUGUGGCCUGGUGCUCACCGACAAAACCCAGCCUGCCGUGAAUGCCAGCAAGGACGAUGCUGUGGCACUGGCGGCUGAGGAGACCGAAGCCGGAGACGAUGAGAACAACAAGGAAGAGCUGGCACAGAUCGCCAAGCAGGACAAAGAGGGCAACACUCUCAGCGAGGCUGACGAAAAGCAGCUCCAAGAAACGCUGAAGGACGAGAAGGAGGGCGCAAACGACGAGGAGAAUCCAGAACCCACCGUGGAGACCGCAGCAGAGGAAAAGGUUGCAGCAGCCGAAGAGACAGCCGAUUCCGACGAGAUGAUGGAUACUGCGGAAGACGAGGCCAAUGCCGCUGAUAUGGGUGUUGAGGCCGAGGCCCCCAAAGCAAAGUCCGCACCUGCUGCGCCCAAGGCUGCACCCAAGAAGAGCAAGUGA